AAAAAAAAUUGGCGCUGAUUAGCAGAAGCGCAGUUCGUAUUGCAAGGCGCGUGACUGACCGUCAGAAACCUGAUCCCGCGUUCCGCUGAAGGCGGAGCCCCCCCCUCACAGGAGGCGCGCCUCUCGGAAGCGGCGCGCAGGCGGCAGCCGGACUGCGCACACCCCCGGCCGCAGCCGCUCUGUGGCUGAGAGCGGAGCGGCACAGACAGGUAAGCGCGUGCGGCUCCCAUCACGGCGCGAGGAGGACGCGUCCCCGCGCGCGCUCGUUCAUAUCACGCACGGCGCGUAAAUGCGAAGUUACUGUUGUUCAGCCGUUUCUGCGCGAACUCCGACCCAAAGUUCCCGGAUUCUUUUUUCAUCCGUUUUUCUGCGCGCGCGCUCACUUUGCGCAGCAGGAUGGACGCGUUUCAGGACCAGCAGGUGCCAAACUCCAAAAAGCAGCGAGAGGAGACGGGAGGCUGCCAGAGACCCGCCGACGACAGGAGGAGGAGGAGGAGGAAGAGGAGAGUCAUUGACCUGGCCCUGGACUCUGAAGAGCUCUUCCAGGACCUCCGUCAGCUGCAGGAGACCUGGCUGGCAGAAGCUCAGGUUCCCGACAACGAUGAGCAGUUUGUUCCAGACUUCCAGACCGAAAACUUGGCGUUCCACGGACUGCAGCUGAAGAUCAAGCGGGAGCUGCACAGCCCCUGCUCCGAGCUGAGCUCCGCCUGCAGUCAGGAGCGGCCCUUCAAGCUCCAGUAUGGAGAGAAGGGCCCCUACAGCAUCAGUGCCUAUGAGCAGAAGCAGCUUGCAGGAAUGAAGCCUUCCAGCCCGGUGACGCCUCCCAGCAGCAACCCCGUGUCCCCCAUCCACCAUGGCUCGCCGACGGCGGCGCCGACCCCUAAACCGGAGCGAACGUUCGGCCACAUGGCGCCCUCGCAGCCGCUGCCGGACGGCGCCUACUCUCUGGACCACAGGUUUCGCCGGCAGCUCUCCGAGCCGUGCCACUCUUUCCCCUCCCCGCCGUCGAUGGCCCGGGACAGCCGGCCCAUCUACCACCGGCAGAUGUCGGAGCCCAACAUCCCCUUCCCUCCGCAGGGCUUCAAGCAGGAGUACCCCGACCCCCUCUUUGAGCACCCCGCCAUGAUGGGAGCGCCGCUCCCCCACGGAUACCCCGCCGGCAUGAUGAUCAAGCAGGAGCCCAGGGACUUCACCUACGACUCAGAAGUGCCUAGCUGCCAUUCUGUCUAUUUACGUCAAGACGGCUACCUGGCUCACUCUAACAGGACUGAAGGGUGCAUGUUUGACAAAGUGGCGAGGCAUUUCUAUGACGACACCUGCGUGGUGCCCGAGAAGGUGGAAGGCGACAUCAAGCAGGAGUCGGGCCUGUUCCGGGAGGGCCCGUCGUACCAGCGCAGAGGCUCCCUGCAGCUCUGGCAGUUCCUGGUGGCUCUUCUGGACGAUCCGUCAAACUCCCACUUCAUCGCUUGGACCGGUCGCGGCAUGGAGUUCAAACUCAUUGAGCCGGAGGAGGUCGCUCGCCGCUGGGGCAUCCAGAAGAAUCGUCCAGCGAUGAAUUAUGACAAACUCAGCAGAUCGUUGCGUUACUACUAUGAGAAAGGAAUCAUGCAAAAGGUGGCUGGUGAAAGAUACGUCUACAAGUUCGUGUGCGACCCCGAGGCCUUGUUCUCCAUGGCGUUCCCCGACAAUCAGCGGCCGGUGCUGAAGACAGACGUGGAGCGGCAAAUCAAUGAGGAGGACACCGUGCCGCUGUCGCACUUCGAUGAAAACAUGGCGUACGUGCAGGAGGGGCCCUACUGCCAGCCACACCCCUACAGCGAAGGCUACGUUUAUUAACGUCAGCGUUCAAACCCAAACCUCCACUCUGACUCAUUUAACUGAACACUCCCCUCACAAGCACAGAGGCACGCCCCCUUUUCGUCAGUAUGCUAAACAUUAGCGCAACCUUUCUUCUGUUCUCCUUACGGACGUUCAAGCUGCACAGCAGGGUGGAGAGUGCACUUUAUGGACAGGAAUCGGACUGGACUUGGCUUUUGAUCGUUGUUAAUGUUCGUCCAUGAACGUGGAAAUCAUUCUGUUUUGGGUUCUUUUUGUUUAAAAUUCUCUUUUGAGCAUGUGAUGAAGAAAAGAACCGAUGGAUGGAGUUUCUUUUUUUUCCCCUUUUCAGUCGGCCGCCUCAGCAUCAUCUCACCAUGGAACUUUUGUGAAUAAAAGACAUUGUUAAAAGAUUUGGAGAAAGAACUAUGAAAGAAACGGAAACACUUCCCCUUGUCUGAUAAGACUGUAGGUUCUGCUGUAUCUGGGUCAUUCACUCAUAAGCUAACAAACCCCACGAGAUCCCGAGGGCCUUUGAGAAGCCGGAAGCGUGUUGAGAACUCUCUGCAUCACAUGUGAAUGGCCUGUGUUUGGGAAAAUCAGCAAAGCUCCAGGCUGCUGUAAAAUAACUCUCACUGUUCAAAUUAUUUUAAGUUUGUUUUUUGGUAAUCUUUACGUGCAAUUCCAGGGGGUACCGCAAUCAAUCAGAGAAAAUGUUCACCCGUAAAUUUUUUCUUUUUUUCAGGAUUAAUGCAAGAAAAUCUAAAAGAUCCACCGGUUUUAUUGUUUGUUUAAAGCAUUUUGUUCCAUAAGAACGUCAGGUGUACACUUUGUUUCAAUGUUGUUGCUUUUCAUUAAUGGGUUUCUUUUUGGUCCAACAAGAAGAACUAUUUAAAGUUUAAUAAUGUGGUGAAUAAAAAAAAAACAAGUCCUAUAUUAAUAAUCCACUGUAUAAUUAGGCAAAUUCACAUUUUUGUAGCUGCUUUCUGUUGUGUUUUUUUAAGGCUGAAGAAAAAGUCUUUGGCUGCAGUUCUGCGUUUUUGUUUUUUUAUUUCCUUUUUCUUUGGUUUAAGCAUUAAAGAAGAAGUCGGGUCUGUGGAGCGUCUCGUCUUUGAAGUUCAUGUGUUCGGGAUGGGAUGGAAAAAGAAAAAACAUUCUGUAAUAAAACAAAUCUGAAAAACUGAAAA